AUGAAGAAUGACUCAAAGAAAGACAAGAACCAGUCGAAUGAGAAUGCUGGUAUCGCAUCCAGGCAUGUUGAUUCACGUUGUAACAGUGCUUUCCAGACGCAUCUAGAUUAG